GGCGGUGGACGUUGUUUUUCGUGUUGGAAGGGCGUAAUGGAGGGCUGCGAUGGGGAUGGUCGUGCCGUGCUAUUGAGGACGGAGAAGACAGCUGUCGCGGCGGCUGCGGUUGCUGUUGUCCGUCGAUUCCAAGUCAAGAGGGCGCCCAAGCGCAUGAAGGCAACACUUUCGAGGCGGUGGCAGAGGCUUCUGCUGCAGAGGGUGUUGGACGCCUCAGACUGCAUUACCACUUCGGAGGCCGUGGUUCAGCUGUGCGCUGCUAUCGGGUGCGGUGUGCUUCCUCGGGCGACGCCUCGUUGGUGGAUGAGGCGGAGACCUGGCGGGACUUGGGAGGAUUUGCGGGCGUGCGAUGAUGCGACAGACGACUACUUCCGGGAAAAGCUCCGCAUGUCCAGGAGAGUGUUCAUGGAGAUCAUCGAAGCCUGUGCGGCUUAUUUGCAACAACAGGUGACGUUUUACAGGGAGCCACCUCAGCCGGAGCAGAUUGUCGCGUACGUGCUAUACAGGUGGGCUACAGGAGAGUCAUACGACAACAACACAUCAUCCUUCGGCAUGGGCAGGGCUUUCGGAGUUCGAGUCGUGCGCGAUGUGACAAGCGCUAUGCUGAGGGUGUAUGGGGGCAAGAUAUCGUGGCCGACGGGGGUGCGGAAACACGCCGUGCUACGAGCGUUUCUGAACAAGGGCUUUCCCAACUGCCAUGGCGCAGUUGACUGCACACACAUCUACGAGGACAAACCAGUGAACACGCCGAGCUAGAACUACUUCGACCGCAAGCACCGUUUCUCCGUCAUUGUGUAGGUAAUGGUGGACCUGGAUCUGCGCGCGCUUGACAUGUUCGUUGGAUAUCCAGUGAGCUGCCACGACAUUAGGGUGAUCCAGUUGUCAAGUCUAUCCAGGCGCGCGGAAGAGGGAAUGUUGUUUCGUGGGCCGCCUGUCACACUGCCGCGAGGGGUGAGGACGAACGGAUGCAUCUUGGGCGGCAACGGGUAUCCUCCUUCUGAAUUGGUGGUGGUUCCAUAUGGAGGAAUCAAUCAGCACCCAGACG